GUGUGUAUUUGAUAAAUAGUGAGAAGAAUAAUUUUUUUAGUACCUUAAACUGGCAAGUGAACUGUGUGGGGCAAUACAUAUAAUACUGGUGAUAUACAUAUAUAUAAGGUCUCGGUCUUGUGAUAGUUGGUUCGCAUUCAUGGGAGAAUAACCGAGUGGAACGGGGUAUAUAUACGAGCAACAGUUGACCGGUCUCGAGAGGCGUGCGUGCUCGUGCUCGUUUAUUCCUAACAAUGGAUGAACGCAAAGCUAUCUUCUGACACUCGUACUCGGAGAAAGGGUUUGCGGUGGACUGGACGUGUGUAGUGGUGCUUUUGCUGAUGCUGGAGGUAUAUAGUACUCGUGUAAGAUAAGAUAAAACAGUAGUUUAAAUAACUUUAAGAGGAGAUAAUAGUUUUGAGUUUAAAAAAAAAAUAAUAAGAAGAAGAAGAGUAAUGAGAGAGAUUAUUGUUCUGCUGAUGGGAAUGUUUGCGACAACAGUGUGAUCAGUGAUGCCUAUUCUUGGAUAUAUAUAACAGUGUCAUGGAACUAGCAAUAAUUGAUUUAGACUUGAAGAUGAUGGCUUCUUCGGGUCCAAAUUAUUCUGGUCCUGUGGGUCCUGUUGGUCCUGCGGGAGCGCGGUGUAUUAAUCUAGAAUUUCCACCACCGCCGCCGUAUCCACCGCCUAAUCAGCUCCACCAUCAUCAGCAUCAGCAUCAGCAUCAGCAUAAGCAGCUGCAUAAUCACCAGCAACAAAUGCAAUUACAGCAACAACAGCAGGUUCAACACCAAUCUCAGCAGAUUAUCCAGGAUUAUUCGUACGCCUGCUAUGAAGCUGGCCCCAGCCACAGAAUCUCCCUCCUUUAUCCCCAUCAGUGUCCCCUGGAAGAACCGUCGAAUCAUCAAUGGGCUUAUCACCUGCAGCGGCAGCCACCUGUUCGGGAUCCCUCUAAAAGACACACCUAUGUCACACGAUAUGGAACUGAAGAAAAUAUCUAUGAAGAAAUUUCAGAGAUCAGUAAGCAAUGUCGAUACGGACUCAGUGAUUCGCAUCGUUCGCUGGUCGCUGAGGAAGUUCGUAGAGUUCAGUCACGUCACCGUCGAGUCCUCGGCGAGCUGAAUCUCAGUGUAGAGGCGAUGCUAAUGCCCAGCACGGCUGAGGAUAAUGAGAACGAGGAUGAUAAUAAUGUUGCCAACGAAAAUGAGGAGGUCGAGAAAGGGCGUUAUGGAAACAGUAAUAUCGACAAUGCCAAGAGAAUCGCUUCCUCGAGUUUUUUGUCAUCCCAGGGUCCGCGUCACGAGGAUUCAAUACCCUCGGCGCAUCAUUUUGUUGGCUGUGACCUGGACAGCGGGUUCAGUGGGAGCUCCAGUGCUAGCUAUAGAUCGGGUCUCGGUUCAUUGAGAAGAGAAUGGGAAAAAUCAUCUAUUGCCUCGACGUCCUGCACCAAACUUAUCGGCAGUAGUCACCAGAACCGCAAGACAAAAGCGUCGAUGAUUUGGAGGAAAGGCUGGAAAGGAUGGAAAAAACUCCAGGUCUUUCAGAAUAAACUUACCGAUGAGCCACGAUCGAGGUGUCAAUCUUGGGACGACGUAGGAGCUCCACCCAACAGGAUGGAGACCGUUCUAAAGCGGCAGUCCCAGCAACAACAGCACCAACCGCUCGACUCGACGAGCUCAAAUAUCUCCGCGCAUUCCGUUAAGAGUGAGGACUCCUGGUGCUCAGCGUCAGACCACGAGCACUCCUCGGACGACGACGAAAGUGAAAAGAGUAACAUCAGCAUAAAAAGUAACUGCCAGCUGAGGAAUACUCUGCACAAAGCAAAGACCUUGUGCGAUAAAUGGAGAUCACAGAACAUAAGACUGAGCUCAGGAAGUAGUGGAGCUGGAGCUCCUGUUGGAGGCACCACGGAACCUUUGGACCCUACCGCGGGACAAGGUCGACUGUCCAGGUGGUUCAGUAUCCGUCGUGGAUCAACUCAUCAGUAUGACGUAGACUCUUCGUCCUCGGACACAUCUGCAGUGUCAAUAUGCAGUCCAAUAAAACAGCAGCAGUCAUCAACGCCGCUGCACUCAUCACCGGUGACACCAAUAGCUUCACCAAUGUCUCGUCUAGUCGAGGUUGAGGAAGAGAAUUAUAUGACGGGCAAUAACGCAGUAACGGCUUCGGCGGCAGCUGCUGCAAUAAUGCAAUUUCAAUGCAUGCACCACCGACGUCAGGCACCACCGACUUUACCCCCAGCUCCACCAAAUUUAACACCUCAGCAGCUGAAGCGACGUCAUAUCGUCGCGGCUAUUGUACACUCGGAAAAUAGCUACGUCGCGACGCUGCAGAGGCUCGUCAAUGAUUACAAAAAACCUCUUGAAGAGUCGACUCCGCCGGUUUUGAGUCAAAGCAAAAUUGCUACGCUAUUUCACCGCCUACCUGAGAUACUCCAGUGUCACACGCUCUUUCGAAUAGCUCUCGCUGAGUGUGUUCGCUCAUGGGACAAAGAUGAGAAGCUCGGUGACGUGUUUGUUGCGAGUUUCAGCAAAGCUAUUGUUCUUGACAUCUACAGCGGGUUCAUUAAUAAUUUUUCCGUGGCUAUGGAUCUCGCUAAACAGGAAUCUAAACGCAAGACUGCGCUUGCUGAUUUUUUUAAGGUGAAGCAAAUUAGUGCCCACGAUCGGUUGUCCUUUUUCGGUCUAAUGGUGAAGCCAGUCCAGAGGUUUCCACAAUUUAUAUUGUUUCUCCAGGAUUUAUUGAAGCACACGCCUCAAGGACACCACGACAGAAUGUCUCUGCAGUUGGCGUUGACUCAACUGGAGAGUUUGGCGGAAAUGUUAAAUGAACGAAAACGUGAGGCGGAACAAUUCCAAGCUUUCAAAGAAAUGCUACGUCACGUAUCCGGUAAAUUAGCUCAUCGACCGCUUUCAUCCUCAUCGAGGUAUCUUAUAAGAGAGGACAAUGUUACGCAAUUGGAAUUCAAUCAGAAUGGGAUGAUAACAAAAUCCAAGAGACGUAGAUUAUUAUUGUUAAAUGAUUUAGUGGUUUGCGUCUCAGUGGCUCCAAGGUCUAUUGAGGACUUCUCGAGUAGCGAGAGGCUCACGCUUAAGUGGACGUAUCCGGUGUCAGACAUUGAGAUACAAGACACCAGUACCUCGCCAACAUUGAGCCGUUUACUCACAGCCGGAUUAAAUAAAGGCGGAAGCUUGAAAUCGGAGAAAAAUUUCAGCAUCAAUGAGACCAGCAGUCAAGCGGGUGCCGAUAGCCUUUGCGCGGAGAUGAACGAUCUUAUGCAUGACUAUGAGGUCAUGUCGAGGAUAAGUGAUUUAGUGACGCAACUCAAAGGAACCUAUGAGGGUAUGACAGUCGCCGCAACAAAGCUAAUCCUCCAAUCAAUCCAGUCGUCAAUCCAACAAAAGGAUGAGGACAUGAUUUGGGCAGACAGCUGUUGUCUCCAAUUAAUGACAAAGCAAGGACAGAUGUACACCUUCCAGACGGACAACCCACUAGUCAAAAAAGAUUGGAUAACAGAGCUGAGACUAGCUCAACUGGCUCUAGAUCCUAACAACUCACCGUCCUGGGAAGUACCAGAGCAAGAGCAAAGACCAUCAACAAAGAUGCCUCUGUUCGUCAGCUCACAAGCAGUCUACCACUCCCAGUACAAAUCCGAAGUCCGCUGCGGCUGCUACUACACCACCCAAAACUUACGAGCCGUUCGACGAAGAAGUUCCCGGAACCACGUGAGCUAUUUGUGGAUUUGCACUGGCGACGGUGUGUCAAGCCACGUGACAGUUUUCGGGCAAUCAACUUCGACCGCUUCAUCUGCGAUUUCCCUGAAGAAAGUCAGCACUUUCGACCUAGUGGAGACUCGGGUCGCCGCUGUGGAGUUCGUCAAAGGCUUCGACGACGUACAAGCUGGUGACCAAGUGUGGAUGGGAACAGAUUCCCGUAAAAUAAUUGUAUACUCCGCUGUUGAGCCUGAAAAACAAGAACAGCUGGGUAACUAUCCAGUGUCUGGAUCUGUAAUUCAAAUAAAGUACCACUGCGACAACGUCUUUGUAGCUCUAGGAAGCGGAUCUCUCCUAAUAUUCCGGCGUAACGUCGACGGAACCUGGAUGAUGUCCGAGCCUUCAGUAAUUUGCCUGGGUCCCGACCCAGUGGCUUGUUUGAUGCCAAUAAACUCGACUGUCUACGCUGCCUGCGGGAAGAAAGUCUGGGUGCUAAAAGGAACCUCUGGAGAAGUUAUCAAGAGCUUCAGCGUGCAGCAUGAGCACGUAGGUAACGUUCAUUUGAUGGCUCAUUCAGGAGUUGGGCUCUGGGUAGCUCUCAAAAACUCCAGCACGGUUUGUCUGUAUCACACCGAGACCUUCAAGCACUUGCAGGACAUAAAUAUCGCGUCAAAUGUCUUGCGAGUAACUAAAACUUCAAUUCUAGACCGUUUAUCCAAUUCAAAUUCCUACGGAGAUAAUGUAAAUAAUAAUACCAACUCAAACAAUCAAAAUUCUCAGAUGAAUGUUAGCGUAACAGCACUGAUGGCUUGCAAAGGAUUGCUCUGGGUUGGAACCAACGUCGGAAUAAGUCUCACCAUUCCUCUUCCUAGGCUAGAAGGCGUUCCUAUAAUCAGUGGACGAGUUAACAUUUCCUACCACGCUCAUUUCGGCCCGAUAACUUUCCUGCUAGCAAUCCAGAGCAAUAAAUACAGCGUUUCUUCCAAAGAAGACGAUGCUUUCACUGGAUCCAACUCUGGGGACGCUGAAAUAGAUCAGCAGUUAAGACCUCACCGGCAGGAUGAAGAAAUGGUUAGAAAAAGGCAAGAGUAUCAUCGAGCGAGUUUAAAUGAGUCUUCAGCAGCUUCUACAGCUUCCUCUUCUUCAUUUUCUUACAACGUUGAUAAAUUAAAGCAGCAGCUAGCUGGGAGUCCAGUUGCUCUGAGGCGAAAGCGCAACAAGGAAAAUGACUUCCGUGCUUCUAAAACUUUGCCUCGGGGAUUUGGAGGCGCUUUGUUGACGAACAAUCCGUCCGCGGCGCUGCUGUCGAAUUCUAUAGCCAGUUCCCAGAGUUCUGGAGAGAACUGCGACGUCUAUGGGCUUUAUGGAGAACUUAUGUACGUUAAGGAUUAUGAGAAUGACACUAACUCGGGGAUAGAUCCGAUUUAUGAAAGUCUGAGGCGAAGCGAUCCUGAAUUAGCAGCCAUUCCGAACAAAGUUAAUACUUUGGAUAGAAGGCUGAAGAUGAAGAUCACUCGGCCUAGGUCUCUGGAUUUGUCUAACUGGUCCGUGGACUCUCAUGCUAGUUCUUUGUACACUUCUUCGGGGUCUGAAGAAAAUUUGUCCAAGACUGGAAAGCUAUCUAGGAACAGCAGCACUGCUAGUGGCGGUCAAGGGUACAAUUUAGAGCCACUGAUCACGCCUGGUAAUGGUAAUGUUAAUGUUAAUGUUAAUGUCAGCUCGAUUAAUAUCAAUGGGAGAGGCAAAGAUGGAAAUGGUGGAAAUGUUCAAACUAAGAUGAACACUGUGAAGAAAACGGGCAGUACUAAUAAACGACACGGAAAGGUUCAGCAGCAGGUGGACCAACCUAAGCGGACUGUUUUGACGCUGAUGGGAGGACGUGGGUAUGUUAAUUGGAGACAGUUGAAUUCUACAGCGCCUCAGCCGUUUAUUGGGGAUAAGAAUUCAAAGGUUAGCUACUCGUUGAAAGAGCCUAAUAGCAAUGACGCGCAUAUUGUUCUGUGGGAAAUGAAAUUGUGAUUGUUUACCAAAAUGUGUAUUGAAUAUUGAAUAAUGUCUGCUGAUAGAAGGAUUUGUUUAUGUUUAAUAAGCUUUAUUAACUGUUGAUAAAUUAUCCCU